CAGCGUACUUCAACCCAACGCCACCGCGUCAUAACGUAUCGUUAUGAUUUAAUGGCUGCUACAAUAACUCCGUAUGCGCGUGACGAUGUUCUUUUAUAUCGUCGAUCUGAAUGCGGAACAUGAAUAAGUUACCCAAAAAAAAACAAAAAAAACAACAAAAAAAAACAACGACGGAGCGUAUUUGCAUAUCGCACCCUAACGUAAAGAGUCACACUCCCAUCCUGUGGCGUUGGCAAACGAGCCGCCCAUCGCGGGGUGUGUGCCGCUGCCAGCCGAGCGAACAACAACAACAGCCUCGCUGCCGAGUGGAGGGGGGAUAGCGGGGCGGACUGCUAACGCUCGGCGAAGCCGUCUUGUUUCACAGCGACGCUAAACGCUACGCCGACGAGCCCGGAGACGCCCGAGAGGAUGGGGACCAGAGACGACGAAUACGAUUACCUGUUUAAAGUGGUUCUGAUCGGCGACUCUGGCGUGGGAAAGAGUAACCUACUGUCACGCUUCACUCGGAACGAGUUCAACUUGGAGAGUAAGAGCACAAUUGGAGUAGAGUUUGCCACACGCAGCAUUCAGGUGGAUGGGAAGACUGUGAAGGCCCAGAUAUGGGACACUGCUGGACAGGAGCGCUACCGGGCCAUCACCUCAGCGUACUAUCGUGGGGCCGUCGGGGCACUGCUGGUGUACGACAUCGCCAAGCACCUGACCUAUGAGAAUGUGGAGCGCUGGCUAAAGGAGCUGAGGGACCACGCUGACAGUAAUAUCGUCAUCAUGCUCGUGGGCAACAAAAGUGACCUGCGACAUCUUAGGGCAGUUCCCAGCGAUGAGGCUUGCGCAUUUGCAGAGAAAAAUGGCCUUUCAUUUCUGGAGACCUCAGCUCUGGACUCCACUAAUGUAGAGACGGCCUUCCAGACCAUUCUGACUGAAAUCUACCGCAUCGUCUCUCAGAAGCAGAUGGCGGAAAGACGGGACGACUUGUCACCCAGCAACAAUGUGGUCAACAUUCAAGUGCAGCCCACUGAGAACAAGCCAAAGAUGCAGUGCUGUCAGACUAUCUAGACGUACAGAACGCCCUCCCACCACGGGGCCAGCUCCUCGAGAAAGACUUUGGUUAUGAGUUACAGCAGGUGGGCUGGAUUGCAGCAAAUACAGCUAUGCCUGUGGCCCUAUAGUGAACUACUUUCAGUUAAAGGAUCUUUUUUUCUUUUCUUUUUACAACCUUGGUCUUAAUGUUAUAAUUUUAGCAAUUGUGCAUAUCAGGUAUGAUGUCAUUUUACUCACUGGCAUCGUUUUAGAGAUCUGAAACGGGACCAACGCUCGACACAGUUUUAUAACGGCGUCUUAUGGGGCCAUGGAAAAUCUGUCUUUUCAACAAAACAAGACAAAAAAAAAUCCCUUAGUGCGUCAGUUAGUCUGUGUACAUCAUUUCCCAUUAACCGGUGACCUCUCAGUUGUGCUGGCAGUAUAGUUAGUCAAUGAGCACUGUCUGCAGUAAGUAAGCGUGUCAUUCCUGCACGUUGAACCAGGAAGUAGCCCGGCAAUGGGAUCGACCGUUGUUGAUAAUAUUGGACAUUUCUUGUAAUAAUUUUUCACUUUUUCAUUUACACUUCCAAACACGCGUUUUGAAUAAGCGGGUUAAAUCAGACUCGUUGAAACAUGUCCGAUGAUGGUAUUCCAUGUAAGACGCCAUUGUAAAGCUGUGUCCAUGUCCGAGACCUCCGCGAUGAUGCUGGGGAGUGAUAUCAUGACCAAUAUGCAAAAUGGGAACAACCCCCCCUCACCAAAAUAAGACCCAGGCUAUAAAAAAAACAGAAUAAUCCUUUAAGACUAUGCCACUUUUCCUCUGCCAUAUAGCUUUUGUAUAUAUCAAUAUUUUAAUCAUCAUAUCCUCUCAGAAAUAUCUCACUAUAUCCUUGUUUUUUAUUUAGCCAAAAUCGUGAAUUAGCAUUUCUUCUUCUUUUUUUUUUUUUACCCGAACCAGUGCAUUUAACAUGCAUUCUCACCAUAACUCUGCCUUUGGCAGCAAUAUUUAGGUCCAAAGCCUGAUUGUAUUCUGGUCCUGUACUAAUACAAGGCCAGGUCUAAAGCUCCGGGCCUCCUAACUCGAUACUGAACCUAGUUACAAAUCCAUUCACAGUCCAAGCAGUUUAUCGUUUAUUUAUUAUGACACAUUUAUAUAUAUGUCAAAGUGACAGAAUCUAGUUUGAUGGGGCUAUGGUUCUAGAUGAUCCUACCCAUGGUGAUUUGCUCCCUGCUGGACAAAAAAAAGGAAAUCCUGUGGUGAAUAUUUCCAUUGCAGGUCCAUUAUACGUUCCGCUGUUGUGUUUUCAGGUGGUUCUUUCACAACCCGUGCUGGCGUUGUUAGUUUGAUGGCAAAGGCCUUUUAUUCACAUACAUCUUUCAGCUAGCAUGCAGAAGUCACCAGAAUUAUGGAAACGUCGUUCUAAUCCGCCCCCCCCCCCAACUGUUUAAACCUGCUGAACAGUGUAAGUAUACAAGUCUACAUGUGAAGUAUUCCGGUGCAACUUAUCCCCUCCUGAUUCAGACGCUAGUUAUUCGGGACGUCUAUGGCAGCCGUCAAAGUCAUUGCCAUCCGGUUGCGAUGGGUUCGACCGGGGCGCGCCUCACUAUUAAUCGCUUUAAGUUGCUCAGCUGAAUAUCUAACAUCUAAAUGGAUUUUUUAAGACGCGGACAGGAAGCCGAGUCAGUUGUUGCUGAGGUGACGCCACUGCGGACUGACAAGGUUGCGCAUGAGGGGGGGCCGGGGAGCAGAGGCAGGCGAUGAUGCGGAUUUCGACGUCGUGACACACUGCACGUGAAUGGCAGCCUCCACGAGCGUGGAGACGAGGCGCGAAAGGGCGGUGACAAAGACGUUCCCUUUCUUCCUCGUUCUUUUUUUUUUUUUACGGCCUUCCGAUUGCCGCCGAGCGGCGUCUUCUGAAUAGGAAAAACAAACCCGUGUUUUGACUUUGGAGUCACGGCUUCUUUGCCUUUCCUGUUUUGCUGAGCGUAGAAAGCCUUUUGUCUCACGCGUGUUUAACUUUUCAACAGUUUUCUGCAUAUCCCCCCCCUCCCCUCCCCCCUCCCCGUCUCUUAGACACGAGUCACAUAUGAGUCACCGCGCCGGCUUUGUUGCGCCGCUGCCUCGGAGUUGCCGGGAAACCGUCGCUGUGUCAAGGACGUUCACAGAAUUUUAAAACCGGAGCGCUUAAGUGGUCUCAAGAUGCGCGGCACAAAGGAAAACCGACCCCUUUAAGUCUCGCCUUGCUCCGCUGUGACCUUCUGUUUACAGCGCUUUACCCCUGCCCUUUUUGUUUUUCGCGCCCUCCCCCCCCCCCCCCCGUGUCGUGUAUGAUUGGCCCACCCUUCGGUUGGCGGGCUGGUUUCUUGGCAGUGGGGUAUAAACUCAGGGGUUGUCGGCUGACUGCAAACCCGUAACGUCUGGCGCUCAGGUGGGUCUGUUCCUUACCACUGACAACCACGCGGACCCCUUCGGUUAUUCACACGUGAACCGGCUAGCUCGCCAGGAGUCCCCCGUACCCGGCGGUCAGCUGUGGGUAUCCGGUAGAACUAAGAGAUUCUAUAGACUGAAGAGUUACACACAAUCUCACCUUGUUUGUAUUUGCACUGAGCAUAACGCAUGCCCACUUAAGGCUGGAGAAAAAAAAAGAGCUACAAAUUAGGUUUUAUUUCAUGCACAUUUCCACAACUUUAAAGCAUUUUGUUUUGUUUUGUUUUUUUCCCGGUUCAAAGGAAACAUUCAGGUGAGCUGCAUGUUUUUCGGGCCGGUGGCAUGUUGACACUAGUGACUUGAUUGUAAAAGCUUCUCAACCAGUGCCUGGGAAAGACUGCAGUCCUGUAUCGUACUGUGAUGACCUGCUCUCUUAGGGUUGCAGUCCUCUGGAUGUCUGGCAGGCAGUGCCCAUGAUGUGACGGCACAGAUGGCACCGCCACAGCCUGGCAGCUAACUAGGUCUACAUUAAAUGACUCAAAUACAA